AUGAAAGUGACUGAUGCUACAUUUGUAAAAGACUUUCGUCGUAUUACCCUCAUAGGAUGCCAAUACAAGAUUAUUGGUAAAAUUCUAUCCAAUCGUAUCUCUUCUGUUAUUGGUGAUUUGGUUAGUGCAGAGCGGUCUGCUUUUGUUGUUGGUCAUCAGAUUUUGGAUGGUCCUUUUAUUGUUAGUGAGGUUAUUUCUUGGUGUAAGACUAAGAAAAAGAAAGCUAUGGUUUUCAAGGUGGUCUUUGAAAAGGCUUAUGGCUCAGUUAGAUGGGACUUUCUUGAUGAUAUUCUUGUACAUUUUGGUUUUGGUUCUGGGUUGCAUAAAUGGAUUCAAGCUUUUCUUACUUCUUCUAUUGGUUUUGUGCUGGUUAAUGGUUCCCUAAAGGAAGAGGUUUAG